AUGUUUUUAGGUCUUUUUUCCGAAAUCAAUUUCCUUUAUUUAUUUCUUAAUAAAAACUCGAAAGGGUGGAAGUCUUUUAUUCUCUUAUGGACUCUCUUUUUUUUCCUCCUGACCCCCGGCCCAAACGACAUUCCGUUGAAUUUGGUUCAUUUCUUGGUAUUCCCUAUGCAGGGGAGUCUGGUAUUAUACUUCUUAUUUAUAGCUGAGAGUUUAAAGGAGCACUUAUUUUGUCUAUUUUCUUAUCUAGUCUGUGGCACUUUUUUUUAUUUUAUUGUAAAUUACCAAAUGAGACCAUAUGGUCUUGUUGCUUAG